GAUGGCGCCAGUGGAACACGUUGUGGCUGACGCCGGUGCUUUCCUGCGGGACGCUGCUCUGCAGGUACGAGGAGCUGCGGCCGAGAGGAACGGGGACAUCGGGAAAAACAUCUACACCAUCCGGGAGGUGAUCAGCGAGAUUCGGGACAAGGCCACGCGCAGGCGGCUCGCCGUCCUGCCCUACGAGCUGCGGUUCAAGGAGCCCUUCCCGGAGUACGUGCGGUUGGUGACUGAGUUUUCAAAGAAAACUGGAGAUUAUCCCAGCCUCUCGGCCACAGAUAUCCAAGUGCUGGCACUCACCUACCAGUUGGAAGCAGAGUUUGUUGGGGUGUCUCACUUAAAAAAAGAACCAGAAAAGGCUAAAGUGAGCUCAUCAAUUCAGCACCCAGAAACUCCUCUACACAUUUCUGGUUUUCAUCUGCCCUCCAAGCCUACACCCCCACAAAAAACGGUAGAUCAUGGACACCCAGCAAGUGAGCCUGAGAACCUAGAAUUCAGUUCCUUUAUGUUCUGGAGAAACCCUCUGCCUAAUAUCGAUUGUGAACUACAGGAGCUGCUGUUUGACAGAGGUAAGGAUGUUCCAAGUGAGGAAGAGGAGGAGGAGGAAGAGGAAGAAAAUGGAUUUGAAGAAAGAAAAGACGAGGACAGUGAUGAUGACGGGGGUGGGUGGAUAACCCCCAGCAACAUCAGACAGAUCCAGCAGGAGCUGGAGCAGUGUGACGUACCGAAGGAUGUGCGGGUCGGCUGUGUGACCACAGACUUUGCCAUGCAGAACGUUCUGCUGCAGAUGGGGCUGCACGUGCUGGCAGUGAACGGCAUGCUGAUCCGCGAGGCCCGCAACUACAUCUUGCGCUGCCAUGGCUGUUUCAAGACAACAUCUGAUAUGAGCCGAGUGUUCUGUUCACAUUGUGGGAACAAGACCCUGAAAAAGGUGUCUGUGACCAUCAGCGGCGACGGCACCCUGCAUAUGCACCUCUCCCGCAACCCCAAGGUGCUAAAUCCACGAGGCCUCCGGUACUCACUUCCCACCCCCAAAGGGGGCAAAUAUGCCAUCAACCCUCACCUGACCGAGGACCAGCGCUUCCCUCAGCUGAGACUCUCGCGAAAGGCCAGGCAGAAAACCAACGUGUUUGCCCCUGACUACAUAGCCGGGGUAUCUCCCUUUGCAGAGAACGACAUCUCCAGCAGGUCGGCCACCCUGCAGGUCCGGGAUAGUACCCUGGGAGCCGGGAGGAGACGCUUGAAUCCCAACGCUUCCAGGAAGAAGUUUGUGAAGAAAAGGUGAAGUGCAAGCUGCCGCAGGCAAACCAGCCGGCCUGCUGCUGUUGCUGCUGCUCCUGCUGCUGCGGCUGCCGGGCUCUGCCUUGCCACUGCCCCAGCUGCUUGUCUCCACAGCCACCCGGAUGGGAAUAAUAGCCCAGCUUCCCAGUGCUGCCUCGUGACUCACCGAGUGUUUGCUGGUGGAACCGGGCCAUCCCUUGGCUUGUGAGCAUCCAGACAGCUAGGACUCCUGCCAUGUGCAGGGGAAGUUGAUGAAAACAGAAAGAAUAGUGCCCUGGAGCAAAUGUCCAACCUCUGAAGAAGAGAAUUUCCAAGUGAUAAUAUUUUCCUAAUGUGGUUGCAAGCUUCCGUGCAUUUUUAUUAAAUAGCCUCAUUUUUGCUGCUUAGGUAAUCUGAAGGCUAACACUUAAGCUGUAUGUAUGCCCAAUAUCAAGCAUUUAGGUUUAUCUUUUUGCCAGAGAAUAUAAUAAGUAUGUUAUAAUAAAACUAAGAACUACGA